CAAGCAGAGCCACCGGCGACCAUGCAUCGCUCGUGCGCGCGCGUUCCAUGUCGUUCGAAAGAACGCCUGUGUUGAAUGCCGGCUUCUCCUGUUACCUGUAUCGAGGCUUGCUGCCUUACGUUUUACUAUAAUUCGCCGUUUCGAUCUAUCUGAAGAAUGGGGCUUAUCGGAAGGGUGCCGAGUUACUUGUGCCUCCUGUACCUGGUGCUGAGCGUGACGGAAGAGGCGAGGCUGAACGUGCCCAGACUUUUGCUACCGCGCCUCGUCGAAGUCGCAUCUAACUACACUCUUCAUUUGGUUGAUGUGGACGAGCGCAGCUGCUACGAAUGGCACUCAAGCAGACCAGAGGUGGCCACCGUGUCUGCGCAGGACAGCUGCUCCCAGACGGCAACGGUGUCAUCAGUAUGGGGCCAGCCUAGUCGACAGACGGCUACAGUGUUAGCGCGCGAGACGAGCACCGGCGAGACGCUGCGCUGCGAUGUGAUCAUCGACCAGGUGGCCUCGCUCAAGGUGGUGACCACGACAAGAGUGCUGCUACUUGAGGAUUCGCCCGAACUCCUUGAAGUGCAGGGAUUCAACCAACAAGGGGAUACGUUCUCCUCCAUUGAGGGCAUGUCCUUUGACUGGAGCCUACAACAGUACGAGCCCGUGCUCAGGUUUGUGCCAGCUUCGGAGUGGCCGUAUGAGCUGCCAAGCCCUGGACUGCUUCUCUGGGAAUCAAAGGGCCGUCGUGGCUGGGCGGUGCUUCUCGAGGGCAGGGCGGCGGGCACGGCACGGGUGUCCGUGCGCCCCAUGCACACGGCCUACAAGGACUUGACACCUCAGGAUCUGGAGCUCCGGGUCGUGGACAGCGUGCAGCUUGAACCCUCGACCGUGUACCUUUUGCCUGGCUGCCAGGCCUGCUUCCGGCUGCAGCGAUUGAUGCAGGGACGCCCACCAAGCCCUGUGGCCCCGUCGGAGCGUUACACCCAGCGCAUCGAAGACAGCCGGGUGGCAAGACUAGAGGGCCUGUGCGUGUUGGCCCGAAAACUGGGUCAAACACAGGUGCUGCUGACCAAUGCACACCUGUCCGUGGAUGGCCGCCAGCCGACUGCUGAUGUGCACGUCGUCAAGCCGAGCUACUUGCGCCUGUCAGUGUCUCCGGGAGACGCUUGGGUACUUGAGCGUGGAGCCUCGUACUGGGUGGAAGUGCAGCUUUUUGAUGAGCAGCAGCAUCGGAUCCACGCCAGUGAGGGUCUCCAAGUGGACGUGCAUUUUCCUCCCGAAUAUUUCCAGGUAGACUACUCUACGGAAAAUGGCACUGUUCACUGGGUGCGCACCCUUCAGAAUGGCCACACUGUCAUUCGGGCAGAACUGCUGGGUUGUCGGCAACCGGACGGGUCACUGCUGCCAGCCACGGCAUUAGGUGAGCAGUCUGUGUCCAUUCAAGAGAGGCUGACAGUGCAACCCGAGGAGGUCUGGCUACCCUGGGAGCCCGAGAAGCAGCCAGCGUACACAGUGGAAGUGCACGCCUACGGAGGCACGGGAGCUCCUGUACGAUGGCAGCUGGACCAGGAAGCACCGGCGUGGGCCACGGUCGAGGGCCCCACACUGGGCCCAUCGGCCACAGUGGUGAUGCGAGGGGGUCCCGGUCGCGUACAGCUGGUGGCGAGCGACAGCCACUUCACUCCAGCCAGCACGUGGGUGUCACUCGUUCCUGUGGUCGAGCUGGAGGCCCACGGCGCACCCGCACUCGAGGCUGAGCUCCCCACCGGAGAGCUGCUGGUGGCCGUUGCCAUGUAUGGUCGUGACCCCGAGAGCCAGCAGCAGAGGCGGUUUGACAACUGCAGCCAAGUGUCACUUACUGUGGAAGCUCUGGACAAGGGUGUUCUCAAACCUCUGCCAGAGACGGUGGGAGGAGGCCCACCUGUAGGACGUGGCUGCACGAGUGUUCGCAUACAGUGCCAAGCUGCUGGGCAUGCGCGCCUGCAGCUGAGCCACGGCACGCUGCAGUCGACGCUGCUGCUUGGCUGCUACGAGUCCUUGCAGGCUGUGCAUCCAGUAAAGAGCGUUGCAGUGGCCUACGGUUCUCACAAGGAGGUGGCCUUUGAGGGGGGUCCCCGGCCCUGGCCCAUGCUGCCUUCUGGCCACCGCGUGCAAUUGUCGCCGAGCAUUGGCAACCCAGUGACCAUCGUGCGGGUUAUGGAUCCCUUCCAUAAGAACAAGGACCUACACGUGUUUCGAGUGCUGUGUCGGGGACUCGGCGAAACGGACCUGAACCUCUCUGUUGGCAACAAUGUCUCGGCCACCUUGCCAAGCCCAGCCAUGAGCCAAGCUUCCAUCAGGAUUGCGUGUUCUUUACCGGCGUCUGUGGAACUUCGGCUAAGCUCGUCGGCGUCAUGUCCAGAGAAUAAGGUGCCAAGCAGCGGUGGUCCCCUAGAGGUGGAGCUCGUCGUGCGGGAUGCCGAGGGCCGGCAGCUAGCCAAUACGUCGUCCCUCGACGUACUGUGGGAAUUGUCAGACCCCACCCUGGCCAAGAUGGCCAACGACUGGGAUGUCAUGAACCACGUGGACAGCUCGGCCGGUUACCGUCACGUCGUCCGGGACUUUCAAGUUCUGCAGAUACAGGGCAAGACUGGACUGCUCACAGUCACUGCAACGGUGCUUGGCUUCAGUGCGAAAGUGCUCCAACAGGCGGGCUUGCACCAAUACAAGGUGCAGACAGUAAGCGGCUCGUUGCAGCUAGAAUUGGUCGAAGCUGCCCGUCUGUCGAGCGGAAGCGUACGAGUGCUUGCACAUCCGUCUCAUCAGGUGAAUGUGAGCAUACUGAACGGCUCGGGCCACUUUGCGCUGGACAGUGAGGACGGCGACGCUCCCGUUGCGGGACUGACGCUGUUGCCGAGGAAGAUCCAGUUGCACGGCCUGAGGGAAGGACAGGUCGAGGUUCACUUGCGUGACCUCUGCCUGCCCCGGGCCCCCGCAUUGCCGCUGCAAGUGUCGGUUGUGUGGCCCGCCCAGCUGAGGCUCGCACUGUCCUCCCCCCAUGUGCAAGUCGGUUCGGAAGUGGAGGUCACGGUGUACCUGGAGGACAUGGAGGGCAAGUCGCUGUCGGCUCCACUGGCCCUAGCCGACCGGACCGUGGGUCCCCUGUCACUGCGACCAUUAGAAGAGGGACGCAACUGCCGCCGCUUUGCCGUCCGUGGCAAGGCCCUGGGCACCGGCACCGUGCAGUUCGUGGCCAAGGACUUUCCCGAAGAGCUAGUCAGUGCCCCGGCCACCGUCCAAGUGUUUGCCCCGCUUCGUCUGGAGCCCCGCAACCUGACCAUACCUGUCGGCUCUGAGUACCAGUUGGGAUGGUCAGGAGGCCCAAUCAACAUGGCUGUCAAGUUUGACGUGGUUGAGGAUGCACCCUGUCUGUCGGUGUCACCGAGUGGACUGGUACAGGCACGGGGCCCACCAUGCCAGGGCCGCGUGCAGGCCACGGCAGCGGCAUCUGAUGGCAGAGACGAGACUCUAGUGCACGUGGUGGCCAUCAAGGACUUACGGCUACGCUGCCCGUUGCGAGAAAUUAUCCAGGGCACGGAGGUGGCGGUGCACGUGGAGGCUGCUGGAGGCCUGGGUCCGAAGGUGGUGUGCCUGUCGGCUGAGAUUAGCCGCUCCUUGCGCUGGGCAGCCUCGGAACACGGCCUGGUGUCACUGGUGGCACCCCUGACACGAGACGCGCCCCCCGACGGCCUGUGCGUGGCACACUUGCGCGCCCUUCUGCCGGGACACCUGGAGUUGCAGCUGCUGUGGCAGAAUCGCACUGCUGCAGUGCUGCCCCUCGAGGUGAUCCCACAGGCCAAACUUUUGGCACCAGCCCUGACCCAGCCCGAGUCUCUAGUUCUGGGUCCCGGAGCACAGCUGGCCCUUGACGUGUCAGGGGAGCCGUCCCUAGAGCCCAAUGGCAUGGCAGUGCACCUGGAACGGCAACCCCCCGUGCUGCACGCCCUGUUGGCCCCUGGCUCUGCCCUGCUCUCCGUCCGACGGGAGUCUCAGCAGAGCAUAUACCUGGUCCGGGUGGACACUGUGGCAUACGCUCUGGUGCGGCCUGUGGGCGGUGAGCCUUGGGGAGCUGCUGACGCGCCCGUGACUCUGCCUGUUGGUCUGGAGCUUUUGGUGGAGGUGCUCCUGUACAACAGUCUCGGCCAACGCUUCCAUGCCACCAACCUUAGCAUGGAGGCCCACAGCUCCAGGAGUGACCUUGUAUUAGUCGAGCAGCAGGGUGAUGGCAGCGGUCACUGGAGGCUGCGCGUGCGUGGUGCCGGCUCGGCACUGGUCCACUGGUCCAUAGGCGGUGGGGGCAGCGACAUCGAAGUCCUGCUUCCCCUGUCGUCGGCAAUGACAGACUCCGUGAAGUCGCUGCUCGUGGGCGAACGCUUCUGGCUGCAGGCACCGUUCGCUGGCGGCCAAUGGGUUGCCGAGCAUGGCCCCCUUCAGAUUGUGUCGGCUACACCCGGCUGCGCACUGGCCCACAUGACCAUGCCCGGCGGACACGGCCUCGCACUGUGGACGGGUUCGCCCCAGGGGCAGCUUCGACGCUUCGUGGAGGCACAGCUGCCCACCACCGUGCAUUUGGAAGUCCCCCACCUUGAGGACGAGGGUUUGCCAGUGCUGCUGCCGGCAGGCCAGGAGCGCCUUCUGUUUGUGAACCUCAACGGGCGUGCCUCCAGUGUUCAUGGUGAGCCUUGCACAGCGCAGGUAACCUUAGAGGAGCGAGAAGAUUACGAUUCACCGUUCACCUGCUGGGUACGCAACAAGGACGGUACGGACCUUGCGUCAAAGUUGGUGGAAGUAACUGCGGGAUUCAGCUUGGCCUAUGGUGGUCACUGGUGCCGGGUUACGAGCGUUGCAGACCUACCCGAGCUUGAGGUGUCCCUCUCGGUGGGCGUGAGUCUAGCAGCCAAAGGCGGAGAAGCCGAGCUGCCUCUGGCGUUGGUAGCGCCCAUCCAGCUCGUUCGUGUGGAACCUGUUGGAAGCUACGUUCAAGUGAUCUACCUGGCAGGUCCCAGCGUGGCCACCAAGAUCACGAUUCGGCGACCGGACGGUGUUCUCGUAGCCCUGCAGAAGGCGCCCGAGCGGAUCGGCGAAACUAGCCACUGGAAGGUGACGCUGCGGGCACCCUCGCACACUUUGUGGCUGUCAAUGGAGUGUUCAGGCACAAAGCAGCACUUACGUGUGCCUCUGGAGAAGUACCACUUAGGGAACGAGAGUUCGUGGCCCAGCUUGCUGCAAGGCAUGCUUACUGCUGUUGGGUUAGCACUUGCGGGGGCCUACUACAUGUUUCACUACCAGCGCUCCAUGACUGACCGGCCAUUGGCAGCCACUGCUGCGAUGACACCAGGCUCAAUGAUCAUGACGGCGGCUGUCAGGUCGCAUGACCAACAGCAGCGAUCACCAAGUGGAGCACUGCCUUACAUCACCCAGACCGAGCCAGUGCGCCUGUGGAGCAGGCUAGAUAGCAGCACCAGCUGGUCCCAGCCCCGCACGCCAUCACCGGAACAACAGAGCCAGUUCUAGCCAAACUCGCCAAAGUCUGCUUGCGGGAACCGGAGAUCAGGCCAAGAAGCUGUGCCGAAAAGAAGGGGCACUGUGGGGGUUGGGGGGGGGGGGUGUUGUAUUUAAUUAUGAAUUUAAUUGUGCGUAUGAUUGCCGGACUGUGUGGAGUGACAGCGUGUGCAAUUGGUGUACUCGCUUUCACCAGCUACGGUACACUGCCGUUACUGGUGCUACUGCUACUAGGCAUUUAAAUUUGUGAGUUUGAAGCAGUUCGGUGAGAGCAGUAGCAAGUGCCUUGCUGAACUUGAAAACAAAAUGCAGCAAAAGAAAACAAAAUACAGUGCUUCUUCUGCACAUACAAAAAGUGCUGGAAUUACCUGUCCUUCAUAUUACUGCCAUUGUUGGUUUCCCUUUCUUAGCGUUGUUUUAAUGUACAUUCUUUGUUUGUGAUGCUUGUGGUUUCAUUUUUAGUAAAAAAAAGGCAGAUUCCAGUGUCACAGGUAAGACAUUGAGGAUGCGAGUUUUGCACCGUAACUCUAUGCUGGGUGGACAUCGCACCAAAGAGGCUGCAAUUGCACUACCUCAGUGCAAAAGACUUGCUUUCAGUGACAAGAGGAGAAGGGAGUUCUUUUUUGUUUUGUUAACAAACACCUCAUUAUUAUUCAAGCACUCAUAGGCACUCAAAUAUGAUGUGAAACUCUGCAGACUAAUGUUUCAUUAAUAAAGGUGCGCAUUAAAAGUGAGAAAAGCUGCAUUUAACCUAGGAUGUAGAGCAAAUGAUGAAGUUUAUGCUUACUUGAAUGUUUAUAGGUUGUUGACAGCAAUGUACGGAGGUUGUCAAAAGUUCCCAGGCCGCUAUCCCAUGUAAUCCUAUGGCAGCGCGGCCUGGGAACUUUUGACCACCCCUGUACAUAUACGUUGUCUGGAAGUGAGAACUUCCACUUCGUGUGGGUCCUUUUGCAACUUUCCUUUCUUUGUAUAAUGUGUCUCCUGGCUAUAUUGGCCGUAGCGACAAAAAACAAGCAAUUUUAUGUAUUAUUGUCAAGAAAGUAUCAGUUGUAGGCAAGUACCUACAUGCAUUAAGUCUGGCAGUGGAAAGUUUGUUUCUUGUGACUUUUCUUUUCUUGUUGUAUGUGUGCGUGUGUUUGUUGGCUGUACAUAUUGGUCAUAACAGAACAAGCUGUUUUGCAGGUUGAAGUUUAAUAUUAAAGAAGCAGGCUGCCAAUAUACAUGACGCUUUAAGGUUCCUAAUGCGACAACACUCUUGUAAUUUAGGAAACGUUUAUGUAUUUAGCAGAGAACAAGCAGAGACAAAGUCUACAUUCUCUCUAGCGCUGCACCAUCUUGAGAGAACUGACAUCGAGGAAUCAAUUUUUAGUGUUAUGCAGCUUAUGUUUAGACGACAAAUGUUUGCUUUUAUGUAAUAAAUUUUUUUAUGUUCUUAAUAUUUACUUAAGUGACUGUGAUGCACUUCCCAACUUUAAUUUUUGUCACUGUUGUGUACCUUUGCUUGUGUUGAUAAUGAAAAGUAAAAAGAAAAUGAAAAAUGGACUUUCUUAAUAAACUUCACUGUGUACUUGG